AUUUCCUUAAGGUGCUGUUGUGCUGUUGAUCAAACUGUUAAUAAACAUGGUUCGUAAGAAAAUAGAUAAUAGAAUUCGAGUUCUAAUUGAAAAUGGAGUCAAAGUGGGCCACAGAACGCUUUUCGUUAUUGUCGGCGAUAAAGGAAGAGAUCAGGUGGUUAUUUUGCAUCACAUGUUAGCUAAAGCUGAAGUCAAGGCUAGGCCGUCAGUUUUGUGGUGUUACAAGAAAGAAUUAGGGUUCAGUAGCCACCGAAAGAAAAGAAUGAAACAGAUCCAACAAAAAAUGCAACACGGCAAAUUAAGUGUUAACGAGGACGAUCCCUUCGAAUUGUUCUUGGCUUCGACGAAAAUCAGGUUUUGUUACUAUUCCGAAACGCAAAAAAUCCUCGGUAACACCUACGGUAUGUGCGUUCUGCAAGAUUUCGAGGCUUUAACCCCCAAUUUAUUAGCUCGAACGAUCGAAACCGUGGAAGGCGGCGGUUUAGUCGUGCUAUUACUAAGAUCGCUCGCUUCCCUAAAACAGCUCUACACCAUGAGCAUGGAUGUUCAUCAAAGAUUUCGAACGGAAGCUCACCAGGACAUCGUUUGCCGAUUUAACGAAAGAUUUCUGCUAUCGUUAGCUUCGUGUAAACGUUGUCUCGUAGUCGACGAUCAACUUUCGGUACUUCCGAUUUCUUCUCACAAUUUACACGUUACUCCAGUCGAGAACGUACAAGAGGUCGACGAAAGCAUGACUGAAUUGAACGAUUUGAAAGAACAACUGCGAGAUACGCAACCGGUAGGACAGCUAGUUAAUCUCUGCAAGACGUUAGAUCAAGCUAAAUCUUUACUGAAAUUUGUCGAAGCUAUAUCCGAAAAAACGCUAAGAUCGACGGUCUCUCUCACAGCAUCGAGAGGUCGAGGGAAAUCCGCUGCUUUGGGUUUAGCCGUGUCGGCGGCAAUUGCUUUCGGUUAUUCGAACGUGUUCGUCACGAGUCCCAGCCCGGAAAAUUUAAAUACUUUCUUCGAAUUCGUUUUUAAAGGUUUUGACGCCUUGGAGUACCAGGAACAUAUCGAUUAUGGCCUCGUGCAGAGCACCAAUCCGGAAUUCAAUAAAGCUAUCGUUAGAGUAAACGUGUUUAGAGAUCAUCGACAAACAAUUCAGUAUAUCCAUCCUACCGACUGCCACAGACUCACCCAAGCAGAGCUGUUGGUUAUUGACGAAGCCGCUGCGAUUCCAUUACCGUUUGUAAAAGCAAUGUUAGGACCUUAUUUAGUAUUUUUAGCAUCGACCAUCAACGGUUACGAAGGUACCGGCAGGUCGUUAUCUCUAAAAUUGUUAAAUCAGCUUAGAACCCAAGCAACUCCUAUCGGAGCGAACACUAAUGCUGUGAAUAAAAAGGAUUCGGGUGCCGCUAUUGGAAGGACACUGCAUGAGGUUACACUAAACGAAUCGAUUCGUUAUAAACCAGGAGACGAGGUGGAAUCGUGGUUGAUAAAAUUGUUGUGCUUAGAUUCAACGUCUGUAACUCCAAUUUUGUCUGGGUGUCCUCCCCCCGACAAUUGCGACCUCUAUUACAUAAAUAGAGAUACUCUGUUUUGUUAUCACAAAGCAUCUGAAGAGUUUUUGCAAAGACUGGUAGCUCUUUAUGUAGCUUCCCAUUACAAAAACUCGCCUAACGACCUCCAAAUGAUGUCCGAUGCGCCGUCGCAUCAUCUGUUCUGUUUGUUGGGUCCCGUAGACCCGAAAAGAAGAACUCUACCGGAAGUUUUGGUGAUAAUUCAAGUAUGCCUCGAAGGGGAAAUCUCGAAAAAUUCCGUCGUGGAAGGAUUUUCCAGAGGCAAGAGAGCUGCAGGUGAUCUAAUUCCCUGGACUGUUGGACAACAGUAUCAAGAUACAGAUUUUCCCAAACUGGCUGGGGCUCGAGUAGUGAGAAUUGCCACGCAUCCUGACUAUCAAGGGAUGGGUUAUGGAGCUAGAGCAUUGCACAUCUUAAAACGUUAUUAUGAAUUCAAAAUACCGAAUUUGGAGGAAGAUGCGCCUUCGGCUAAACAAGAGAUCGAUAACGUCGAUGAUUCUGAAGUGAAUUUGUUGGAGGAAAACGUGGAGCCCAGGAAAACUUUGCCGCCGCUGUUGCUCAAGUUGAGCGAAAGACCUCCGGAGAGAUUGGAUUACAUCGGCGUUUCCUUCGGAUUGACGGAACAACUUCUAAAGUUUUGGAAAAAAGCCGGCUUUGUACCUGUUUAUCUGCGACAAACAACGAACGAUUUGACCGGCGAACAUUCCUGCAUUAUGCUGAACGUUUUGAAUACCGACGAAGUGAAACCUGAAGAUUGGCUGGCGGCGUAUUGGACGGACUUUCGAAGACGAUUCGUUAAUUUGCUGUCUUAUCAAUUCAGCAAAUUUUCACCUAGCUUGGCAUUGGGAGUUUUGUCGAACAAAACGGUUAAACUUAGAACUAAAGAUCUAACCAAAUCCGAAUUGGACAUUCACUUCAUGAAAUACGACUUGAAAAGGAUGGAAAUGUACAGUAACAAUUUAGUGGACUAUCAUUUAAUAAUGGAUUUGAUGCCAACUUUGUCUAAACUCUAUUUUCUCAACCAAUUGGGCGAUAUGCAGAUGUCCGCAGUUCAAUCAGCCAUACUGCUGGGACUCGGACUUCAACAUAAAACUGUAGAUACAUUAGCUAGCGAAUUGGAUCUUCCAGCUACGCAAUUAUUGGGUCUUUACAAUCGAUUGAUCAGAAGAUGCAGUCAAUAUCUCAAUCGGGCGCUGGAAGAAGACAUAGAAAAAACUUUAGUUCCUCGAAUAGAAUCGGAUGAACUGAACAUGACGCCCGUAGCGAAGAGUAUGCACGAUGAGCUCGAAGAGGCCGCCCAAGAAUUUAAAAAGAAACAGAAAAAAGAAUUGCAGAAAUUGAAAAAUGAGAAUUUGGAACAGUUUGCCAUCAAAGGAGGAGAAGACGAGUGGGCGAAAAUUUUAUCUAAUAAAGGAAAAAAGAACAUAAUCACUGUUAAAAGUGGAGAAAAGCGAAUGCACGAAAAUCAGGAGGAAGAUAUUCCAGAUAUAAAAGCAAAAAAAGUUAAAAACAAAAAGAAAAUCAAAUAACUUACUUAAUUUGUUCGUUUUAUAAGUUUAAUUCCUUCUGUUAUUUACAGAUUUGUUAAUUAUAUUUUUACGAGAACCCAAAUAUGUAAUAAAUUUGACACGUCG